CAUUGACCCAGAGCAGAGUCAAAUCAAUUUCCGGUUUGGGUAUGGCUCGAAACGACUCGCGAUCUAGGUCGCCCUCUCACCGGCGACGCUACUCUCGCUCCCCUCUCCGUAGCAGCCGUCGUACCAGGCGAGACCGCAGCCGCGAUCCUCCCUAUUCAUCAAGGCACAGGAAGAGCAGAUCUCCUACGCCAAGGCAACACCAAAGGGAUAGAAGUAGCUCCUUGUCUCCUUCAUCUACCGAGCAUAAGAUUGCCAAGAAGGAACAGGAAGCAAGGGCAAGAUUGCAGCAUGAAGCUGAGCUGAAACGACUAGAAGAAGAGACGGCAAGGCGGGUGGAGGAAGCUGUGAGGAAAAAUGUGGAGGAAAGGAUGAACACCGAGGAAGUUAAAGCAGAAAUAGAGAGGAGGACAAAGGAAGCCUAUGAAAAGAUGCUUCUUGAUGUGGAAAUACAGCUGAGGAAUGAGAAGGAGUCUGCUCUGAACGAGGCAAGGAGAAAAGAAGAACAAGCUAGGAGAGAGAGAGAAGAGCUUGAUAAGAUGUUAGAGGAGAAUAGCAGGAGGGUUGAAGAGUCUCAGAGGAGGGAAGCAUUGGAACUUCAACGUAAAGAAGAAGAAAGGUAUAGAGAAUUGGAGCUGAUACAGAGACAGAAGGAAGAUGCUGCAAGGAGAAAAAAACUGGAAGAAGAAGAAGAGGUUAGAAACUCGAGCAAGUUAUCAAAUGGAAGCAGAUCGCGAUCCAAGUUGCAUUUCGGCAUGGGUUUAUAAUUAAGAGACAUUGAUGGGAGGCCAAAAUCUGAAGAAGCGUUUUUGCUUUUUGUAUUUAGAGAUUAUGAAGUUACAGGUUUACUGAUCCAAGCAAGUAUGUUCAAAUCAACAGUAUCUAGCAGACCGUUUCUUAGAGUCUGUUGUUUCACUAUGUGAAGUGAACUGUGGAAAAUUCAAUAUAGAGUUGGGUUAAGUUUA